CCUACCACCACACCUCCCACCCCUCCUUAAUUCCUUCUCCCAGCACAGGCCGAGUUCUUAAUAUUUUACUAGUACUAACUCAUCAGCUGUACUCGCCUCUCUUGGCCUCGUCUCUUGUUUGUUUCCCGUCUGGUUGUCGAUCCCUUCUUCUCCCCUCCGCCGCCCUGCGGCUAUAUAUACGGCCAAUCCAACAACCACCCACAUUCGCCUGAUCAAAUUAGCCAGGGGUUGGGGAACUAAAGGGAGGAAAUUUUAGUUAUUUCCUGGUUCUUCUUCUUGUUCCGUAGUGUUCUUGUUAGUGUUCUUCGCAAGAUCGGUCGCUCGUGUCGUGUCACCCAUGCUGGGCUUCUGCGCCCCCGCGGCCGGGUCGCCUCCGGACGAGGCCACACCGGAGCCGUUCCGGUCGCUGCAGAUCGCCACCACGGCCGCCGGCGCCGCCGCCACGACGAAGAAGAAGCGCCGGCCCGCAGGCACACCAGCAAGCAAGCAAGUAACGACGCGCGGCCAUGGUGCAGACCCUGACGCGGAGGUGGUGUCGCUGUCGCCGCGGACGCUGCUGGAGUCGGACCGGUACGUGUGCGAGAUCUGCGGGCAGGGGUUCCAGCGCGACCAGAACCUGCAGAUGCACCGGCGGCGGCACAAGGUGCCGUGGAAGCUGCUGAAGCGGGAGGCCGGGGAGGCGGCGCGGAAGCGUGUGUUCGUGUGCCCGGAGCCGAGCUGCCUGCACCACGACCCCUCCCACGCGCUCGGCGACCUCGUCGGCAUCAAGAAGCACUUCCGGCGCAAGCACAGCGGCCACCGCCAGUGGGCCUGCGCCCGCUGCUCCAAGGCCUACGCCGUCCACUCCGACUACAAGGCCCACCUCAAGACCUGCGGCACCCGCGGGCACUCCUGCGACUGCGGCCGCGUCUUCUCCCGGGUGGAGAGCUUCAUAGAGCACCAGGACACCUGCAACGCCGGGCGGGCGCGGGCGGACGCCUCGCCUGCGUGUGGCGGCGGCGUGGCUGCAGCCAGUGCCGGGUCGCAGCAGCAGCAGGCGCCGCCGCCGGCAAUGUCGCUGUCACGGACCGCGUCGAGCACCAGCCCGUCCAGCGACGUCGUCAUCAGUCCGUCGGCCUGGCCCGGUCCGCCGAUGCCGAGCCCUACAACCGCCGCCGCGUUCCACCGGUUCGAUCAGGUCCCGUCGCCGCGGACGCUGCCGUCCGAGCACCACCGCGGCGGCGGGCACAACCUCGAGCUGCAGCUAAUGCCGCCGUCAUCCAGCGGCGCGGGCGGUGGUGCGCUGGGCAUGGCGCCGUUCUACGGCGCUCCGCGCUCGCCUGCCGUUUCCUCGCGGGGCGGCGCCGGCGCCGCCACGCAGCUGCUGCUGUCCAUCGGCGUCGGGUCCGGGGACGCGGGCGAGCGCGGCGGCGAGGCGGCGCUGGCCGCGGCGAGGGCGAGGCAGGAGGAGGAGGAGGCGCGGGAGCAGCUGCGUCAGGCAGCGGCGGAGAAGGCGGCGGCGGACGAGGCCCGCGCGCAGGCGAGGCGGCACGCGGAGCUGGCCGAGCAGGAGCUGGCGAGCGCGAAGCGGAUGCGGCGGCAGGCGCAGGUGGAGCUGAGCCGCGCGCACGCGCUCCGCGAGCACGCCGUGCGCCAGGUCAACGCCACGCUGCUCCAGAUCACGUGCCUCGGCUGCCGCCACAAGUUCCGCGCGCGGCCGCCGACGCUGGCCGACGCGGGCCCCGAGGUCGCCUGCAGCUACGUCUCCUCCGUCGUGACCGAGGGCGGCGACCCCGAGGUCGACGAGCCGCCGCCCCUCGAAGCCGACGGCAUGCGGCGGCGGCGCCAGCACGCCAUGGCCAUGGACAUCGUCCUAUAGGCGGCUAGGCUCUAGCCAGCUAGCCUGCCUGUCUGAUCUACCUUUCAAUCACUUCUUGUUUUACCAACGAGACGCCCGGGUUGGUGCAUGCAUGGUGAGGUUGAUGUAAUCAGAUGCUGCUGGUGUGGAAGAUCUCGCUAGCUCGAUCGCUCCAGUGCGGCCUAGUGUUGGAGUCCUGUGAGCAGGAGAGAGAGGUAGUAGCCAAGCGGGGACGAAGACGAGGGCUAGUUGCUUGCUAGCUCACUGUGGCGUGCAUGGAAUCUUUCGGUGUUUGCUUCCCAUUGGAUCUUGUUGGAAAAACAUUGCCCAUGGAAAGCUAGUGAUGAUGCCCUUUGUAAAGGUCAGGCAUUCAUUCAGUAGCCACCGUACCAAGGAUAAGGAUCGAUCGCAUGCAUGCAUGAUCGACCUGUGUCACAACCACUACUAAAUUCUACAACUGCAAUAUAUUCCAUCAUCGAUCUGUUUCGUUC